UACAUGGAGCUCUGUUCAUUCAUGUACCCCUCGGGCACCUCGGGUUUGCGUCGUUCGCGUGCUCUUUCGACCACAUCUUGCGACUCUGGCAAUACUUGCAACUUGCGUUCUGUAUGUAAAAUUGGAUGAUAGAAACUGGUGAUCGCUACUCACGAAGUGACGAAGCGAUGUAUCAAGUUUGCCGCACUCCCCCAAGCACUCGGGUCUAAUUUUCUCUGCGUAUCUCCACCAAGUCAUCCGAACGCCAUCAAGAUGAACGGUAGGUUGGACGGAUGCUUGAUCGUCAGCUGUUGCGAAGACAGCCCCGAGGAGCUCAUCAAAGAAAUCGUGCACUCGGAACUUCCUGAACCCGCGCAAGUGGCCGACGACACCAAAGCCUUCCCGUGGCCGAUCGAGACCAAGUAUUACACUGCAACUAUCUACCUCCACAGCACUUCCGCGCCAGUGUCCCGUUACGAUGACUCGGCUGAAAACAUCCAUGGACUCAUCGUACUCUUCGACCCGGGACAGAAGGAGAGUCUAGAUUCGGCAGCCAAGUGGAUAGAAAAAUGCAGCUGCGAGGUUGUCCUCCUGGUCUGUGGCCGCUGUCCCGCUAACAAUGAAGCAGAUGGAAUGUCGAGGCAGCAAGUGCUCGAGUGGUGCAUUGACCGCGGAUGCGAGCUCAUCGAGACACGGCCGAACGAGGACGACGAUGAGGAAGAUGCCACGGGUGUGAAGAGGAUCGUGGAGGCACUUCAUGCUCACCCCUGGCCAAACCUGGAGAUGAAAGGUCGUAGCGACACGAGAACACGUUGCACGGUCCCUGACCGCCUUUCCUCUCUCCCCGCAACAGAUUCCACGAGACCAGGAGGAACACGUGAACGCUUGACGGCCAGAGGUGGUAGCGACGGCAGCCAGGCCGAACUCAUGACGGCACAAAGGGAGCUAGAGUUGUUCUCGGAGGCCAUGGCUGACGGAGACGACAUGUCGUUUGAAGAGCUCUUUGCAAAGUUUCAGGAUAUGAAAGUGGAGGCAGACAAGUUGUCUGGAGAAGACAGGAAGAAAUUUGCUGAAAAGGUUGCCGUUCAGUUCUGGAGAGCGUUCGGAGGCGAAGAAGACGAGGUCUGUGGCCUCAGCUCCGACGACGAGGCAGAGAAGUAGAGAGACAGCCUCCGCCGUCCUCUUCUGUACAUAAGAUUCCACUGUUGUCAUGCCAACAAUAAAGCCUGUAGAACCAUAA